UAGUUAGUAUGUCAAUAUCGGAAACCUGGUUUGUUUUGAAGAUCGGUAGUUAACGUUAAAGUGAUGCAGCAGGCGAUCCAACACGAAUAUGUGGAUAGAGCAUUAUGAUAUGAAACUUGAUUUGGUAUCUAACUAUAGUUAUCUAUUCAUAUAAUUAAGGCUGGUUUUUGGAUGAGGUAACAGUACAGCACAGGCUCUGCUAUGACACGACAGAAGCCUGGUCAAAGCAAGCAAAGUCAAAAAUGAUGCAGUGAACCGAUUCUGAAGAUGGUCUGAGCUGAGAGGUUCUCCCACCUGCCGAUCCCUACAAAAGUUUGCUGUGUCAGAGGACUCCAAAGAGAAGAGUACGCAGCUUCCCAAGGCCAUGGAAGACUCUCACACUUUAUACAUCUCAGAGUUGGGAGACGAUGACCAUUUAGAGGAGGAGAUGGAGGAUAAGGAACUUGAGGAAACUCACUGCAGUCUUUAUUUAAUGUCCAUGGAAACGGAUGAGCUGGCAGAUUCAAACACAAUUUGCCAAAAACCUGAGGCCAAAGGCUGUGACCUGAAGCAGGAUUUAGGAUCGGUCUCCCAUUCAGCAACCCCUGAGCUCCCAGAGGAUCCUGACCAUGACCCUGAUGUAGAGCUCCAGGACUCAUUUCCCUGCCAAUUCUGUGAAAGAAAUUUUACCAGCAAGCAAGGCUUAGAACGUCACAUACACAUCCACACCUUAGCUAACCACCACACACACAUAUUUAAGUGUAAGUACUGCAGCAAGUCCUUUGGCUCAAAAAUUGGCCGGCGACGGCAUGAGAGGAGACAUGAAAAUGCAAAGGCAAGGCCUGGAUCUUUAAUAAAGCCUGUGGAGCCUCCAACUUCUGCCCUACAGCGCAACGGUCCAGAAUGUGUGUCUUCUCCCAGUAGCUCCAGUGCCUCUGUUUUGGCAGACAGAGAACCGGCGUCUACGUCAGAUGAACAUGGAGAAUUACAGGGUGGUCACACUUGCAAGUAUUGCAAAAAGGUUUUUAGCACGCAUACAAACAUGCGACGACAUCAGCGCAGGAUCCACGAGCGCCAUCUCCGGCUCAUAGGUAAGGAAGCCCCACUGUUGCAGGAAGCAAAAUAUCCAAAGCUACCCCCUAUUAAAUCUCAACAGGAUACCAACAACACAAGCCCAGUAGCAGUUCUUGAGAUCGAAAGUGACCAAGAGGAGCAAUAUAUGCUGGAUAUCUCUGGUAACAUCUCUGAGAACCUCAGCUUUUAUAUAGAUGGGAAGAUUGUAUCAACAAGCACUGUCAGCGGCUGUGAGGUAGUUGAAGUGAACUCUGGAUCUGCUACUUUAGUCGGACUAAAUGCUGUGAUUAUUAAUCCUGCCCAGAUCAGUCAGGCUCUUAAAGUAGAGACUGCUACUCACACAGGAAAAGGGAUACCUGGUCAACCCUUGACAAAAAGGAGAACUGCCACACCACCUCUUCUACCCCAAAUCAAAACGGAACUAGAAUCGGAAGUUUUGUCCUCUUCUUCAUCAUCAAUUGUGUCAUCUUUGAUCGAAAGUCUCAUUCCUCAGAACACAGAGUCUACUAUCCUUCAGAGAGAGAGAACAGUUUAUCUGUCACCUAAGCUGAAACAGCUCUUACAGAUGCAAGAUGGUUUCAAACCCAGCUUUGCCCUGAUCACAGAAGGCCAGAAGCUGUGUUCACCACUUUCCCUGACUGUCCUCCCAGCAGGAUUGGGGAGGUUUAAAAGAAGGACCGGGUCUCCCCCAAACUCACCACAACAAAGCCCUAUGUCGAAUGUUGAAAGCACAGCAACCGAUGUGGGUGUUUCUAUUGCUGUCAAUGCCCCAACGUCAGAGAGCCAAUGCAGUUCACCCGCAUGCAGUUUAUCCAGCAAUGAUGAGAGUGAGAUCUCCAACAGUCCACAAGUAAACGAUACAAUGACAACUCGUGUCUUGCCAGAGGGAUGGUCCCCAAUGAGUGGGGGUUGUUCCUGCAACCAGCAACCUUUGGACCUCUCAAAUGCUGUCAAGAAAAGUGAAGACGAAGCGCUGCGGGAAGCUGUGUUGGACUUGAGUGUGCACAGAAAGAGUGCAGAUUCGGAAGCAAAGAGAAUUUUAGUUCCACAGCCCUUAAAUAAAAAGAGGAAGCCAAACACCAGCAUGUUGGAGAAGGUUCUGAUGAAUGAGUACGCAAACCUAGAGGUUGCUGCAGAGCAAAAAUUAAGUAUAUUAGAAAAUCAUGAUGCACCGUUAGUUACAGACUUAGCCAUAGUUACUGCUUCGGAUAUGUCACCUGCUACUGAAGGCGAGGUGUUCGGAUUAACUUUUCCCUCUGCAGCACUUAGUCCAUCCCCUUCCUCUCUAGCUUCAGUCACCAGGCAAUCGAUCUCACCAUGCACCAUAGCACUUGCUUCCCCAUCUCCACAUCCAAUCUUACCCACUGCUCCGUCGCUAAUUACUGUUUUAGCACCACCAACAUCUUCCUCUAGCAAUUCCACAAAUCAACCUAUCCUUCAAGUAUUGGCCUCUAAAAUAUCUCCUAAUCCUUUAAUAAUCUGCACAGAAGAUUCAUUGAAUUCAGCUGAGUGUGAGUGGAGAGCUGCUUUGCCAGAUUGGGCUACCUCUAAUUCUGCAAGCCAACUUGCCAUCUCUAAACCCCUUGACCCAACUCUCAAUCUACAAGGGCAUGUGUUUCUCACAGAUCACACUUUAAAUCAAAUAGCUCUGAACACUACCACAAUUGAAUCCAACAUUGGAUUUGAAGUGCCAACAUGCUCUCCAGCUUUAACUCUAAACGAUUCCCUUAUCAACUCCUUUGACAUUACUAAUAAUACUGUUGUAAUUGAAUGCACAGUUGCUCUUGAGACCCCAGAGAUCCUUGUCCCUACCACAAUUGAUUUCCAAGAGAAUAAUUUUGAAUCCACAGCACCUGCGCAAAUUGUCAUAAAUCAGCAGCAGCCUCUGUCCUUGCCUCAUGAAACCGUUGACCCUACUAUUUUAGUAUCUUCUUUAGAGCAAUCGGUUACCCUUUCAACGCUGUCUGCAGUCAUAUCUGAAUGUCCAACUCGUCAAGAAUCCAUUUCCUCCCCUGUUCCUGCCAUUAUUAAAACGGAAUCAAACCAAAAGGUAGUAUCAGAGGACAUAUCUAUCUGCCCCUCUAAAACGCCACCUCCCUCUGAGGGCACAAGUCAAGUGGAAGAAUCCUCAAAUGAGACCCUCUCCAAGCUACAAGAGACUUUCACGAAGGAAUUCAUAUGCAAUGUAUGUGAUAAGCUUUUUCAUUCAAUGAAGGAACUGGGUCAUCAUGUAAGUGAGCAUUCUGAUGAAUGGCCAUACAAAUGUGAGUUCUGUGUGCUACUCUUUGGAAAGCCCACGGCAUUGCUUGAUCACAGGUCAACCCUCCAUGGCGUCGGCAAGAGCUAUGUUUGCUGCGCAUGUACAAAGGAAUUUGCUUAUCUUUGCAACCUGAAACAUCAUCAAAAGGAGUUGCACCCUGGCCAGGAAUGCAAAUACACAGAGGAAGAAAAUGGCAAGCUACGACCCCAGAACUAUAACAAUGCAACAAAAGGUGGCACAGAGGCUUUGUCCUACUGUGCCAUGGCGGAGUCCAAUAAACCUGUCAUAAAAGAUGAGGGAGAAUUAGAUGACGCUACUGAGGAACUCUUUACCACAAUAAAGAUAAUGGCUUCUGAGGGAGGUAAACCCAAAGGCCUGGAUGUUUGCCUUGGCAUCAACCAACACUAUCCCAGUUUUAAGCCGCCUCCGUUUCCCUAUCACAACCGGACACCUGUUGGCUCUGUAGCCUCAGCUACCAACUUCACCACCCACAACAUCCCACAAACCUUCAGCACUGCUAUCCGAUGCACUAAAUGUGGCAAAAGCUUUGAUAACAUGCCAGAGCUGCACAAACACAUUCUUGCCUGUGCAAAUGCCAGUGACAAAAGACGCUACACACCCAAUAAGAACCCCAUUCCUCUUCGUCACUUUGCAAAAGCCCAAAAUGGAGUACUGUCCUCUACUAAUUCCACAAAUGGCCAAAAUGCUCUACACACGGCAAGUCAAACAAAUCGUCCCAAACUCAAUCAGGAGCCACCUGCCAAGUUGAAGCUUAAUGCACUCAACAAAAGGAAAAAACAGCUGGUACAGAGGGCCAUUUCACAGAGGAGUAAGUCUACCUCUUUGACAAAGAAAACGUCUUCUCUAGUCGAUGAGGAGCAAGAGAUCUAUGUCUGUCCACAUUGCAUGAGAGAAUUCACAUACCGCCGCAGCCGGACCAAGCACAUGGCCGUCUGCCCCAGGAAACCUGCUGCCAAAGAGGCCAAGAAAAGGAAAGAUGGCAGUAUCUCUUACACUAAGGAAAAUAACGGCCACCUUCGCAGAGAAGUCCUUCAUUUGGAAGAGAAAUCUGACCAUGAACAGAAAAGCAGAGCCCAUAGUUCAAGUCCAACAAAGAGGACAGCCAUAUUACCAGCUCAUAAAGUCCUGUCAAACAAAAAAAGUAAAGCCAUCAUUGCAAUGGCAAGUGUCCAAACACCGCAGCAGGCACCCAAACUGACUGCACUAUCUCUUGUUCGCCCUUUCAACUCCCCACAACGUCAAGGCAGUAGGAUGCAGCAUGGUGUGAAGGAAAUUCGUUCUAACAUUACAAUGGUGAAAUCCCACCAACAACCACCACAGGUGGAUGAGCACCCCUGCAGUCAGAGUGGAAGGGUGAGGGGACCAGUGACCCGCAGUCUACAGCAGAUUGUCGUCACAGAUUCAGCAAAGGAAGAACAGCUGACCAGUCAGGAGCCACCAGGGGAUCUGCAGGAUCCUUCAAUUUGAGAUUCAUCCAAUGGACUGCUUCAGACAGUGGAAAGUUGUGGAUCAUGAUACAUUUGUGGAGGCUUAAUGAAAUAAAUACAAAUGCAAGAAGAGAUGGCGAAUGCAGCAGUGGGUAGGUGCAAUCGGACAAUGUAUGGAGGCUUUCAGAGAACAUUUUUGUUGUGCAUUUCUUGUCCUUUUCACAGAAUGUUUGGAAAAGACUGCUGUGCACUUUGAGAAACUUUACCUUUGAUGGGCACGUGCAUCACAGAAUAAGUCAUCUUGAUGAUUAUCUGAAAAAAAUACUUAAUUUAAAAAGCCCAUCCCUAUGAAUAACUAGUGCGGUUUGCAAGUGGCAAUCAUAGGGGCAUGCAGUUAUCACAUUUUUUUUUCAGUGAGCUAUAUGUGUACUGUUAUGUGGCCUUUUUAUUUGGAACUUAAAUGCAUGCUACCAAUUUAUUGUAGUACGAGAUUGCCCCUUUCUCACUCAGUCUGUCCAAUUUCAAACCACACUUUUUAGGUUUGAAUGAUCAUCAACAAGUGAAACUCUGGAUCUCUUAAAAGGAUAGUUUUCCAAAUGUUUAACGUAAUCGUAAUAACUGUCAUACCUCGGAGUUAUGUGAAUUAGAAUUUCGAAUUUUAAUAUAAGCUCCAAGGAAAGCCCUGAGAGGUAAACAAUGCAUGGAAUGUGAGUAUAAAAAUCUAGAGCUGGGCGAUAUUUGAUUCAUUGGAAUGUAUGUCUAGCGCGAUAUUCCAAAUGCCUUCCAAAUCUCAUGAAUCCAUUUAAAAAAAAAAAAUGUUUUUAUGAGCGUUUGUCUGAUGUUUCUCAUGUUGUACCUUCGCAUUUACACACACCAAGCCCAGCCCCCUGGCACUCACAAUGACAAAGAUGAGAGAUCACCUCUUCUUCUCUGACAGUGGUUUCAACUCUCAUUUGCAUUUUAGGUUUGGUCUGACAAUCUGUCAUAUGGAAACCAAAACGCAUAAAAAGGUUAAUCUCCUCUAUUAUAGUAAAGUAAUGUUUCUAAUGGGGACCCCCUGGAGGUUAGGUCCAACUUAUUGUCAAACAGAAAUGGGGUGUGCCUUGGGUGGUUAAUCGAUGUCAUUCUGAUCAUGCGCGGCGUGACCGACGUAGCUAGUUUGUUAGCCACUUCUAGUUCGCCAGUAACUCCUCCAGUAUGUGUUGACGUCAUUUCACACAAUUUGUUUUUGGACGGAAGCUGUAGAGAUUGGUAAGAAAUGGAACUUCAAAAGCCAAAUAUCUUAUUCAUCAGUAUAUAUUUUUUUAACGCAUUACACGACCUUGGAAUUAUGGUGCAUUGUUAUGGUGCAUCGGUUAUACAGUUUAAAGCUGUUAUUUUUGUCUUGAGUUUUUGUCUCCAAAGUCUACCUUUUUUAAAGUAGCUGUCCAGUGUUUCCAGAUGUCUAUGAAAUAUGAUCUAUAUUUAAUUACAAUACGAGUCAAAUAUUUUUUCUUACAAUUCUUUUUAAUUAUGUUAAAAAGCAGCUGGGUGUAUACCAGUCAUUAAAAUUAUUCAUGCAAGUAGACUGCUGAUUGGCCAGCUCAUCCUCCUCAGGAAGAUGACAUCAUCCUCGUUGAGGAAAUGGCAAGUUUUUUAAAUAUUUUUAAAUGGUCUGUUUGAGAUCCUUAUCUCAAACAGACGGGGACCCCCGUCUACUGUUCGUCGUGGACUUGUCAUUGAGAGAUUGUUUGAGACCUGUGUUAAUAAUUUUCUAUAAUGCCUCCGACAGAAGUUGCUCAUUAUUAGUGAAUGGGCAUUAUGCAUGGUUCUGGUUACAUUUUUAACAAAAGACUUGAAAACCAGAUCAGUGAUUAUUGCAGAAAAGCAAUUUAAAUAAUGACAUUAUUAGUGGGUCUUAUGGUUGUAGAAGGAUUAUAUUUACUCUAGGUAUAAUUUCACAAGCCAUGCAUUCUUUAGAUUAUUGCUGCUGUUUUUAAAUGCAGGGUAUUUUACCUUUUAAUUGUACAACAAAGCUUAUUUAGAGAACUUAAAAAAAUAUAUAUAUGUUCUGAAAUCUUUCAUUCAAUGUCAAACACGGAUAUUCGCUAUUGAUAUUGUUACAAUAUAACUUGAAUUGAAUUAUGUGAACUAUUUUAGGCAAGGCUUCAUACUCACAUUACAUGCAAUGCUUAGUUCACAGGGAUUUCCAUAUAGCUUGUAUGCAAAUUCAAAGACAGUUAUAACUCAUCGUGAGCUAAGAAAACAAUUAACAUUGCAAAACCCCUGUGGUGCUGUUUCGCCCAAUGCGGAUCUCCGCUUUAAAGGUGAAUUCUGUAAGUAAUUAAACAUCUUGAAUACAUUAUUUUAUACAUUGUAGAAUAGUAGUGAACACGUCAAACUAUGAAAUAACACAUUUGGAAUCAUGUAGUAACCAAAAAACGAAUCUAAAUAUAUUUCUAAUUUGGACUUGGUCUUUUACCAAAUAGGGCUAUCUUCUGUAUUCCACCUCUACCUUGUCACAACACAACUGAUUGACUCAAACACAUUAAGAAGGAAAGAAAUUCCACAAACUUAUAACAAGGCACACCUGUUAAUUGAAAUGCGUUCCAGGUGACUACCUCAGGAAGCUGGUUGAGAGAAUGCCAAGAGUGUGCAAAGCUGUCAUCAAGGCAACGGCUGGCUACUUUUGAAGAAUCACUUUUUGGAUUACUAAGUGAUUCCAUAUGUGGUGUUUCAUAGUGUUGAUGUAUUUACUAUUAUUCUACAAUGUAGAAAAUGGCACACAAAAAACAACAACCCUGGAAUGAAUAGGUGUGUCCAAAUGUUUGACUGUAUAGAUAUCAAUAAUUGAAAUUACAAUAGAACAGAUCCCAGACUACUUUAAUUCCAUGAAAAAAAAGUUAAUUUUAACUGAUGAACAUCUGGCACUUUUAAUGUUUUUGCAAGCAAUGGCUUAACCAGUUUAAUUUAUUGGACUUCUUGUUCUUGGAAGGUGAAAAGGUUAACAGUGGAACAAUAUUUAUGCAUGUGGAGUUGGUUUCGUAUUAUGUUAAGACAAUUGAUCAAUUGUAUUCUUCAAAUAUCAAGCAUUACAUACCAGUAACAAUUGUUAACGACUAGUGGAAUAUUUUUGCAUAUUUUACGUGGUUAUCCUAUUUAUUAGUUAAAGCUAGAAUCCUUAAGGGUGAAGCUGCCACGUUCAUGUACAAUAUUACAACAACAAAGAAGUUCCUGCAAACAACAACACUGUAUUUUUUCCCCUUGAUACACUCCCCACCUCUGCUUCGUCGACAUAAGCAAUAACAACGGCUGUGGGGCGGACAGUGACACUUCCCAUCUUUAAAGGGAAUCAAUUAUUUAGAGAUGUUUUAGGAAAAAUGUUAUGUAAUGAGUUUAAUUUAAUGGAUUAUGGGAGACAAGAAACCUGCACUAGGAACCUACAGUAAAUGGGGCUUAAAUUAAUUUCAAUUUCUCGACAGUAAUUAUAAAUGGUCUCCUAUUAUCCCCUUUUCUAAUGACUGAAAUGUUCUGGCUUUGCCAUGAGAAUUUAAAAAGACUUCAUUUUUUUCUUGUUGAUGACGUUUCAGUUGGUAAUUGGGUGCAAGUGAAGAUUUAAGCACUUGAGAUUUGGAAAGGGAAUUUUUGUUUAUUUAUUAUUUUAUUACACAAUUUCAUCCCAAAUUAAAAAGCACAACGAUUUGUUUUUUUCGUCCUUUACUCCUAUCAAUAUUAAAACAACAAAGGCAAAUAAAAGUGCUUUUCAGGUGUUCUUCAUUUGUUUUGCUUGCUUUCACAUAGUUUAAGAGACGAGUAAAAGUAUGUUAUAAUGGGAACCUUCUUUGCAUACACACUGCCCCAUCGAUAACUUGCUGCUGUUGGGGUCAUAAAAAAUGUGCGAGGUGCGUAAGUUCAUGGAAAAUAUUGAAAUGGCCCAUAUUAAAGCUACAUUCUGGGAUUUGUUUUACAGCAAAGAUGCAGCCCGCCACUUGUCUUGGUAUACAGCUGAGGAAUGGGGCUGGUGAAUUGUAACCCCUCUCAAAUUCAUAGACAAAUAAACACCUGUAGGCUAUAGGAGCAAUAUCAAACUUUAGUUUUCUAGAGGCAUUAGUCAUCGAAUGGGCGGUGUACCAUUAUUGAAUUCCGUCUUACAGAUAUAGUUUACAGUAUCUUCUGUUAAUGUUUAUCUAUCUUGCUCUUGAAUGAAGAGGGUUUUGGGGAUGUUUUAAUUACUGGAGAAAUGUGGUUCUUUUGUUUCAUUCAAUCCAUUCACCUGACAUUGGGGUGUAUAAGCAGUUUUCUGUGUUUUUAGGUUAAUACAAAACAUUAACAGGUCAUUGUCUAUUUGUUAAGAUGUUACCUACUGGCAACUUGUGUAAUUCAUAGAAUGAACCUGUGUCUUGAUUGAUAAUAUACAUGUGGCAAAAGUUUGAUUAAUAUACUUGGAAGAAUAAUCACAAUAGCUUCUAAACUUAAAUAGAUAACAUGCAUACUGUGUAUAGUAUACAUAUUGAAGUUUCACUGUUGGCUCACAAAAUGAAUCAGAGAAAUAAGGGUAACCAAAACAGGGUAUGUUUGGUUUUAGAAUUGGGAUAAAUGUUUGUAAAACAGUAUUCAUAGUUUGUUUUAAUCCUAGAAAGAUUGUUGUAACCUGGGAUUGGUGUAGUUUCCCCCGUUUCAUAGCAGACUGACUUGAGUGUCAGAUAUGUGGACAAUGUUAUAUAACUGUGAAAAGUGCUUGUAGCAUCUCAAAGUGUAAAAUAAGUCAUGUAUAUUUAUUAAUUUAAAUCAUGUAUCAACCUGAACGGUUCUUUUGUGUAUGAUUUGCACUGUUGCAUACAUUUCUGAAAUGUCGUUUUUUUUAGUUGUGUUCAAAAUAAAUGGGGAAUGUUAAGUUAA